GCUUGCCCCUGAAAAGACCGCUAGACUCCUAGUCUGUCAUUUUUACGCUUCCAAAUUAACUCUCUUAUUUUCUCUUCCUGCUCGACACCAACAGCCUAUGUCAGAUACAGCCAAAUUAGAAGGUCUCAACAGUUUUAAAGAUGGAGCUGCAGUUUAUAGGGAUGGAUUGUCUUUUGCUCUGUUCCGUACUUUGUUUAAUACCUUACACUCGAGUUCCUUGGCAAGGAAUUUGUGAUGCCCGCUCAAGGAAAAUCAUUACGAGGCAGCAGAAAUACAACAGCAAUCUUCCCCCUUUGGAGAUAACUAAAGUGAAAAAGGGCCAAGAUCCUUACAGAACAAGACUGAGUGACAAAUCUAGACAGGCCGUGAAUCCAUGAAGCCUGGUUGGACGUUAGCAUAACCUUAAAUAGCUGGACACACACAAAGAUCGGCUAUUCAGAUAGUACUAUCUAUCGAGGGAGAGACGACCAUAAUUAAAUAAACGAUCGUACGUUUUUGUAUUGAUAGAAGGGUAGCACAGAGUGAUAAGAGUAUGGAAGCACUAUGAAGC